AUUAGGAAACACGCCUUUCUGCAUACACCCAAUUGGACUGCUAAGAGUGGUGAUGAUCGACUAAACGGGAAAGUUCUGACUAUACAUAACAGACUCCGCGGCCGACGACGACCCAUCCAUCCUGCUACCCGCAACCACGAAUCCAAGAUAUAUAUCACAAGAGACAUUCCACUACAAGGUAAGCUCACUCGUAGCAGUACUGACGAUCCUGCGAUCUCGGAGGCAAUCAGUGAUAGGAUCAAUGUGAGCGCCGAUUUCGGGGCAUCCCUAGAUCCUUGCACGUAAGCCUUUAUUCAGAGCACCCUACUCGUCUCUUUUUCUUUCAAAGUCUACAUCAAAUCAUUUCAAUAAUGGGUGCCUUUUUCGAAACUAUUCCUGAGAGCACACGCGUGUGGCUGCUCCAGCAAAAGGUCUUCUGGAUAGCAUCCGCCCCACUUUCCGCAUCCGGUCACAUCAAUGUCUCGCCAAAGGGAGGACAGUAUUUCGGGAUAGUAGAUGAAAAGACAUUCUGGUAUAUCGAUCUCACGGGUUCCGGCAUUGAAACUACCAGCCAUCUUCACGAGCCGGGAAAUGGACGCAUCACCGUGAUGUUCAAUGCGUUCGAUGGGCCACCUAAGAUUGUGAGGCUUUGGGGAAAGGGAACUGUUCUCGAAUACGGCACCCCCGAAUUCAAAUCCUUCGUCGACGCCCACUCUGUGAAGACCAUUCCGGGCACUCGCUCCAUCAUCCGAGUCGAUAUUCACCAAGUAGGUGCGUCGUGCGGUUUCUCGAUGCCUAAAUACGACUUCAAAGAAUUUCGUCCGACGCUGAACGACUUCUUCGAGAAGCGCGUCGCAGCCGAGGAGGCUGGAGAUAAGAAGAAUGGGAUUGAAAACUACUGGGCCUUCAAGAACCAGCUCAGCAUGGACGGCCUGCCAGGUAUGCAGCGCGGCUUAGUGACUGCACAGAAAGAGAAUAUUAAGCCAAUCAAAAAGAUGGUGGGACCGCCAGCGCCAACUAUGCCGCGAGUAGUAGCGGUGAAUUCGAGUGGUGUGAAGCCUCUUUUCGUCUUUAUAAUCGCUUUCGUCUGCUUUCUUCUUGGCCAGCGGUCUGCAACACUAGACGUCAGAACACUAAUAGCAGUCUGAUCCAAAUACGUAUGCACUACGUGGGGCUGCUACGCAACGGCAUUCCGAGAACCCGACGGGACCCGAGUAGUGAAUGCCAGUCAGUCAGACCAUAUAAUUUAUUUAUUUUCGCAACCCCUACCAAUCACACACGCUUAGAGGUAUGAGCAGCUACGCCCACUACUCAGUUGGUCGAGCGGAAGCAGUUACAGCUGUACGUUCGUACUCGGUCUCAGCCUUCUGCCAACGGAUUGCCGCGCGGAAGUCGUUACAGCUGCGCUCGUACACUCGGUCUCACCUUCCGCUUGACCAACAGAGUAGUGGGCAUAGCUUCUCCUAUCUCUCUAAGUAUCCUUCCCGAGCGAGCGCCUAGGCUUAGCCUAGAAUGGAUUACGCUCUUCUCGUGCCCGCCCCAGUGUCCAGGCCUAGCCUGGGUUCGAAUCACGUUCGGGCACUUCAUUAUUUUUUAAUUUUGUUUUUUCCAUUAAGUGUAUAUAUCUUAAUGCAGUGCAUUCGGUC